AUAUAUAUAUAUGGAUCUGACGGUUCUCGUGCAAGACUGAACAAAGAGGCCAGCCAAUCAGAAUCGUUCGCUUCCUCUCUCUCUCUCUCACCAAAUCGACAAUGGCCUCUUCGCCGACGCUUCCGAUCUCCAAUCCUCAAUCGGAAUCUCAGCCGCCGAUCGCAACCCCGGCGUUCCGAGCCUUCCUCUCCCGCCUCAACGCCACCAUCCGCCACGGCCUCUCCCAGCGCCGCCCUUGGUCGGAGCUCAUCGACCGAUCCUCCUUCUCCCGUCCGGACACCCUCUCCGAAGCCGCGUCCCGCGUCCGCAAAAACUUCUCCUAUUUCCGCGUCAACUAUGUCUCCCUAAUCGCGCUCUCGCUCGCGCUCUCUCUCCUCACGCAUCCUUUCUCUCUCCUGAUGCUUUUGGCUCUCCUCGCCGCCUGGGUGUUCCUCUACCUAUUCCGCCCUGCGGAUCAACCGCUUGUGAUUGGGGGACGCACGUUUUCGGAUCGGGAAACUUUGGGCAUUCUGGUGGUGUCGACGAUUGUUGUUAUUUUCCUCACAACCGUCGGAUCGCUUCUCAUCUCGGCUAUGCUCGUCGGCCUUCUUAUCGUCUGCACCCAUGGCGCAUUCCGCGUUCCGGAGGAUCUAUUUUUGGAUGAACAGGAUCCUGCUAAUACUGGAUUCCUCUCCUUCCUAGGCGGCGCCGCCUCAUCCGCGGCGGCCGCUGCCGCGCCUGUUGUUGCACGCGUAUGAUUCAGAUCUGAUCGGAUCUGCCAAUUGAACUGAGCCGAAGAGAAGUCGUUAUAUAUAUAAACAGAGGAUCUACAGACAUGUAAGUGUAGGUGGAAUGUGGAUAGCCGGUGGAAUGUGGAUAGCAGAAGAUCGAUGAUUGGAUCUGAUCUUGUUUUUACAUAUAACUGUUUACUGUUCUUUCUCAGAGUUCUGGAGUAGAACUCAUUAGCUAAAUGGUUAUAUUGAAUUUGGUUUGGAUUUGUCUUGAUCUUAGUGGGCUGUGAGAACCUGUGCAUAAUUAGAUUUUCUGGAUAAAUCGUUUCCAAGUGUCUGAAUCCAGAACUUUAAUUUUUCGAUU